UACGAAUAAUUAUGGUUCUGUUUUGUACUAUAGCUGUGGUGAGACAUGCUCACAUGUCGCGUCUAUUCUGUUUAAAAUAGAAGCAUAUCACAGACUUGAACUUGGAAAGGAAAGUUGUACGUCACAUCCCUGCGUCUGGAAUCAAGCUUUUGUGAAAAAGGUUCAACCGUGUCGCAUACAAGAUAUUUGUUUUUUUAAACCUAAGCGUGGAAAAUCAGAGCAAAUAUUGAAUGACCAUGAUAAGCGAAUGGAAGAACGAACUCAACUACGACCAGACAGACCAAGGUUAAAUAUGGCUGAAGUGCUGAAGACAUUGCAUGAUUGUACUUCUAAGUGUUCUGUUUUUACAGUAAUUGAUGGAUAUGGCUCAGUGAUUGCUAACUCUUCCGCUACUGAUGACUUAGAUGAUGUCAACCUCCCUAAACAAUUGUAUCACUUGAAAGAUCCCGAUUAUUCCAAACUAUCUGCAAGUGAGCUUGAUUGCAAAGUUUUAAGUACUUUUGACGAGAUCAAGGUAACACCAGCGGAGUCAGAUUUUUUGGAACAGUCAACUCGAAAUCAAUCAAAUUCAUAUUUAUGGUUAGAGCACAGGAGAGGGCUGAUAACUGCAUCACACUUUCAUUCCGUAUUGCACUAUUCUGGACGGACGUUCCCAUCUACCAUUAUAAAAGCAAUAAUGCAAUAUUCUAGUCCUAAUCCAGAAAUACCAACUGAUUAUCUGGUAAGUGGAGGUCGUGGAUCAGAUUGGCAGUUAAUGAGAGUAUAA